AUGGUGUUUAGAGUGUUUCAUGAAAAUUAUGGGCCUUAUUAUGUAUGUGCUUGCAAAAAUUUAUACCCAUUACAAGAAACAUACUUGGGAUCAUACUUUCAAACACAGUUGUACUCCCCAGAAACUAAACUCAUGUUGCUGCUAUUCAUUGAUUCUCUUCAUAGGGACCAAUACUACAUGGAUGGUGUAAUGCGUGGCGAUCCAAGAGCUCGGCAUGCAGGCCACCCAGCCUACAGAGGACCCCCUCCUCCAGGGGGACGGGGUCCUCCACCUCCUCGUGAAAAGCGCACACGCUGGUUUGUUGCGCUCUUUGAUUAUGACCCAACAACCAUGUCUCCUAAUCCUGACGCAUGUGAAGAAGAGCUGCCCUUCUCUGAAGGAGACACGAUAAAGGUCUAUGGUGAAAAGGAUGCUGAUGGUUUUUACUGGGGUGAAUGCAGAGGUAGAAGGGGAUACGUGCCGCAUAACAUGGUUGUGGAGGUGCAGGAUAUGCCAAAAAAUAGUAUAGAACCUGUAAGGGGACAACAUCCUCAUCCUUCACAUGGACCUCCUCAUUCUCGUGAUCGAUGGGGAGAUAUAUAUGCCAACAUGCCAGUCAAAAAGAUGAUUGCACUUUAUGAUUAUGAUCCUCAGGAACUGUCACCAAAUGUUGAUGCCGAGGUGGAACUGUCCUUCAACACGGGUAACAUCAUCUACGUUUAUGGGGAAAUGGAUGAUGAUGGGUUCUACAUGGGAGAGCUUGAUGGUGUUCGUGGGCUGGUGCCAUCUAACUUCCUGACAGAGGCACCAGCUGACUAUGAAGAUGGCAGUGGGCCACCUCGGCAGCAGCGGCUGCCCCCUCAGGAUCAUCGUGGGAGCCGACCUCUUGUGGGGCAUGGUCCUGGUGCCAGGGGCCCUCCACCACCACCCCGUGAUGCUCGUGACCGCAGGAAAGCAGGGUCAGAGGUCGAGAGGCGGCCCACUACCACCCCACGGUCGGAGAGGUGGUAGGGGGGGCGGAGACUGGGGCCCGCGCGGCCCCCCAGAGGAGGGGCACCACCAGUCACCGCAGCGGCCACAGCGCGGGCAAGAGGACCACCACCGUCAGCAGCCACAACACCAACAGCAGCAGCACCA